GAGAAAUUGUCACAACCCUACUGCUCCUUCUGCUCUUUAGAGAUCAUCUCGUAUGAAAUACUAAAGCUCUAUGACGACCAGAAAUCUGUUGAUCUAGUGCAUCGGUCAAGUCUACAACGAAGCAGAUUAUACCGUUCUUGCACUAAAGCGUAACUGGUGCCUUGACUGAUGGACACUGCUGUGGGAAGUGAAGCACUAAUGAUAAAAAAUUUCUUCACGCGCACGCGUGAAAUUUUGUAUUUAAAACAAUUACGUGCAGACUCGGUGUCUUGAUUCUUACCCUUUCAACUCAUCGCCAAACAUGUCGUUGGUGAAUAUCAUUAAUAUCCAAGUGCUGGAUAAUCCAACACUGUUUACCAAUGCCUUCCACUUUGAAAUCACAUUCGAAUGCAACGCGGAACUGAAAGAUGAUUUGGAGUGGAAGAUGAUUUACGUUGGUUCUGCUGAAAGCGCCGAGUAUGAUCAGGUUUUGGAUUCCAUUAUGGUCGGACCCAUUCCAGUCGGCAUCAACAAAUUUGUCUUUUCGGCAGACGCUCCCAAAGUAGAAAUGCUUCCACAGCAAGAUCUUUUGGAGGUCACCGUCGUCCUACUUUGCUGCUCGUAUAUGGACAAGGAAUUUGUUAGAGUCGGAUACUAUGUGAACAACGAGUACCUUGACCCAACCUUGCGCAAAGCUUGUGAAGAUGCUAAGGAAAACAACAGACCACCACCACCAUUGCAAAUAGAAAAGCUCUACAAGUGUAUUCUCGCUGACAAGCCAAAGGUCACUAGAUAUACCAUCAACUGGGAUGAUCCUCAAGCUGGUGUCGCUUCCAACGACACGGAAAUGAAUGCAGAUGAUCAAGUACAGCACAUUAAUCAAGAACAGGUCAGUUCCCUUUCAUGAGGACUCGAGAUCAGAGUCAUAUCAGUUCUAACAAGUACACUACAAACC